CAAGAACUGGGCGUUAGAAGCACAUCUUUGCGCUCGACAGCGAUCGCUUACUAAGUUGUGAACUUAAAUAUUCAGAAAGAAUGAAGUUUAAAAUUGUGAAUUUCUUAUUCUCGGUUUAUGGGAUUAAUUUACUUUGUGGUCUGUGUUCCUCUAUGACCUCGACAGAAACAUUUGACGCGUCCGUGUCAACAACGGUCCCAUCUAGCAGCGCGGCAUCUACAGUAACUAUCCAGCAGCCGAUUGCAGUUUCAGGUUCACCAUCUUCACUCUCAAGCUCAACAUAUUCACUACCCAAUUCCUCCUCUUCCAUCUCCAGUUCACGAUCUUCAUUGGUCAGUUCUCCAUCAUCAUUCCCCAGUUCCACAUCUGAAUUCACCAGACGACCACGCCCAUCUAGAGUGUCAAGCAACCCUCCCGGUGUCUCCAGAACUACACGUACAACAACCCCACUGAGUACCACGAUAUGGGAUGUAGUGACUAGAAUCAUAACACCAAACGAUCUACCUUGUAGUAUUCUAGAUGAAGUGAAAGACAUAAACUUUGAAUUAAAAUACACCCCCGAUGAGGUCGAAGGCGUCAUAUGCAAAUGCUGGGGUGUGUGUAGUGCUAUCGUCUUAGAGGAUGAAUUCCGUGCUGAAUUGCAGAACUACCGAUACAACCCUUUUGAAGAAGAUAACUGGCGGGAAAGGAACAUUUUUAUAGCCUUGGUGUCUGUGUAUUCUUUGGUGUUCAUCAUUGGUUGCACUGGAAACCUUAUAGCUAUUUACGGUCUGCUCAGAUGGGUGAAACACAAGACGCCGACAUUCGCUUUCAUCAUCAGUCUCUCGUGUUGCGACCUGAUCCUGCUCCUAGUUUGCAUGCCGAUUAGAGUAACUGAGCAUUUCAGUGUUAUAACACUGUUCAUAGAGGCAACAUGCAAGCUGUCAUACUACGUACGGGACUUUAUUCGGGUCUGCGCUGUUCUUACCCUUACGUCAAUCAGUUUUGAAAGGCAAGUUGAAGUACUGUAUUUUACCGUUUCUUUAUACGGGAUAUUGUUGUAUGUUAUUUCGUUCAAAUGAAGUUGGAAC